AUGACCCUACAUUUAGGCGAAGACGGAGUAAUAACCCAUCUAAGAGGAGAAGGCAGCAGGUGUCCAGCGGCCUCCAGAGCCAUGGGUCUGCACUGCAGGGUGAGCUUCAACACCCUGGUUCUCCUGGUGGUUCUGCAGGGGGCAGCAGUGGUGUUGUUCUGCGGCUGGUACGUUCAGCUCAGCCCCUGCCAGCCGCCGCCCCCCAGCGGCAAAGUCCACGUCCUGCUGCUGUCGUCGUGGCGAUCGGGCUCGUCUUUCCUAGGUCAGGUGUUCAGUCAGCACCCGUCGGUGUUCUAUCUCAUGGAGCCGGCGUGGCACGUGUGGACCACAAUGCCGAAAAAUGGAGGGCGGGUCCUUCGGAUGGCCGUGAGGGAUCUGACCCGAAGCCUGUUUCAGUGCGACUUCUCAGUGAUGGACGCCUACCUGCCCGAGCGCCACAACGUGUCCUCUCUGUUCAUGUGGAGCCACAGCCGGGCGCUGUGCUCGCCGCCCGCCUGCCCCCUCACGCCACGCAGCCAGUUCAGCAACCAGAGUCGCUGCGUCCACUCCUGUGACGCGGCAGGGCUGCAGAAGGUGGAGGAGGCCUGCGCCACCUACAGCCACGUGGUGCUGAAAGAGGUCCGCUUCUUCGAGCUGGAGUCUCUGUACCCGCUUCUGCAGGACCCGAACCUGGACCUGCGGAUCGUCCAUUUGGUCCGGGACCCACGGGCCGUGUUGCGCUCCAGGGAGGAGUCGGCCAAAUCCUUCGAGAGGGACAGUGCUAUCGUGUUGGAGCACAGAAACGUGCCAGCAGCCGAGGUCCCGUACCAGACCAUGCAGGAGAUCUGCCGCAGCCAUGUGCGGAUCAGUGAGAGGGCCCUCCUGAAGCCGCCGCCGUUUCUGGAGGGCCGCUACAAAAUGGUCCGCUACGAGGACGCCCACCUGUUGGCCAAGUCUCUGUCAAACAUGGUUCACAUGAGCAUGAAAACACUGAAAUAA